AUGGUGAAAUGUACAGAUAUUCUUUUGUUACUUGCUUUCUGUUUUCUUCUGGUUGACGUUAAGUCUUUUACGGCUUCAAGGUGGAGUAAAGGUCAUGCGACGUUUUAUGGAGGCAGUGAUGCUUCAGGAACAAUGGGUGGUGCUUGUGGUUAUGGUGACUUAUAUUCAGCUGGAUAUGGAACAAGAACAGCUGCAUUAAGUACUGCUUUGUUCAACCAAGGCGCGGCAUGUGGCCAAUGCUACAAGAUAGCGUGUGAUCGCAAGGCUGACCGUAGAUGGUGCAAGAGAGGCUCAGUAACCAUUACUGCAACCAACUUUUGCCCACCUAAUUAUAAUAGUGCUGCAGGAUGGUGCAACCCGCCACUCCAGCAUUUCGAUAUGGCUCAACCUGCUUGGGAGAAAAUCGCUAUUUAUAAAGCUGGAAUAGUUCCGGUUAUCUUUCAAAGGGUGCCAUGUAAGAGACAUGGUGGAGUUCGGUUUACAGUGAAUGGGAGAGACUACUUUGAGCUAGUAUCAAUAAAGAACGUUGGUGGGGCCGGGUCGAUUAGAUCGGUGAGGGUAAAAGGGGCAAGAACAGGUUGGUCACCCAUGUCAAACAAUUGGGGUGCUAAUUGGCAAUCAAACGCAUACCUAAACGGCCAAUCCAUUUCGUUCAUGGUUACUACAACGGACGGGGUGACUAAGACUUUCUUAAAUGUCAUCCCAUCAAACUGGAGAUUCGGCCAAACCUUCUCGAGUCGAGUGCAGUUUUGAAUGCACUUCGGGAUCCAGGGUUGGGUUUGGGAUGACUUACGGUAUAUGC